CACCAUCUUCUUCACCCACUCUCUCUCUCUCCCACUCUCCCCUGACACACCAACUCGGUGAGUCAACUCGACGGCCUCAUCCUCACGUGCAAGGAGUAGCUUGCCAUUCUCGCACCGCAAACCCUCAACUCCUCACUCCUCAGCUUCCUCUUCCACUUCUUCCUUCACGAACAGAUGCGUAAUGCCUCGCUACUGUUCCUCUUCCAUGUCGUCGUUUUACAUCUCUGGUGGCGGUGGACGAUCCAUGACUCCGAGUUGCGGUCACAACGAGUCUGUCUACUACGGCUACGGUAAUCCUUCGCUGGUGGAGUUCGGGAUGGAUGAGGAGGUGAUCACGGAGCCCGUUGAUUCGUCCAGAGCUCGGGAUAGCAUUUCGGUCACGAUUCAUUUCAGACCGUUGAGUGAAAGAGAGUACCACAAUGGAGACGAGAUCGCGUGGUAUGCAGACGGUGAUAAGAUUGUGCGCAAUGAGUAUAAUCCAGCUAUUGCUUAUGUGUUUGGGAACUUAUCUGGAGGGUAUGAAGGAAGAAGCUGUUUUGUCUCCAGGACAUGCCCUUUCCUUUAUUGCUGUUGGGGAAGCUGAUGGCGCAAAUUCUGCUCCAUAGGACUCUUCAUUCCACUAUCUAUGAAGUCGAUAAGCUCCAAAUUGGUGGAGGCAACUUUUUAACCAAGGUAAGCUUUCUUAAACUUCUCUCUAUUUUUAUUUUUAUUUGGUUGGUUGGUUGUACACGGUUAGAUUUUCUUUUGUAGUUAGUU